UGUCAUCAUCUUUCUCAGGAUUCCCACCUACAGUUUCAGGAGAACUUCGCUCAGUCGUCUAUCCCUGUGUGGAGAGGAGUCAAGUUUUUAACGCUUCAAGCCCGGAAGGAUCGACGGCAGGCCUCCACCUGCAGAAACUCAGAUUGGAGUCAAGCAUCCAUCAGGAUCAGACAAUGAGGAGCGGAGUGGGGCUGUGUUUGUUGGGCCUGCUGUGCCUCCACAGCUCAGUCUUUGGGCAGGAGACAGUGGAUGUCCAGCCCGGUGUCCUGAUCUUCUGCGACGAUCCCUCUGUUCAGAAGGCGGUCAACAGCGCUGUGCACAAGUUCAAUGAGAAGGUGACCACCGGACACAAGCUGGCCCUGUUUCAGAUACUGACAGCCAGCAAGUCGGAGAAUGGCUCAGACUCGGUGUACUCACUGCAGUUUACCAGCAGGAGGAGUGACUGUCCAGCUGGGAGCAACAAACCCUGGACAGACUGCGACUAUCUGCCCAUACGCAGGAAGCCGAUGUCAUGCAAUGCCACGGUCUACAUGACAGAGACUGAAGCAGACACUAGACAGGUGGAUUGCCAGCUCGAUGAUCACAUUGUUUCAGAGAAAGUUCAAUGUCUGGGCUGUCCCGUAGAGAUUGAUGACAACUCAGAGGACCUUAGGAGUCCUCUUUCUGUCUCUAUCGCGAAGUAUAACUCCAUCUCUGACUCUACUCACCUGUUCACCCUGCACAGUAUCAGCCACGCCACCAGACAGGUGGUCGCGGGCUUCAGGUUCAAGCUGAGAUUUGAUAUGAGAAAGACCACUUGCGCCAAGGAUGAACACAAAGACCUGAACGAGCUGUGUGUCCCUGAUAAAAAUAAUGUGGAGUUUGCCAACUGUAACUCUACAGUGGAUAUAGCACCGUGGAGACUUGAGCCCCCAGAGGCCCAGAUGGAGUGUGCACCAGGGGCACUGCCCGAGACGUUCAUCAGGCGCCGUCCUCCUGGCUGGUCUCCACUCAGGAACCUUCUGUAUGACGUUGCCGCCACCACCACCACAUCAACCCCAACCAAAGCGACAGCCAAAGAACAAUCUUCUGAGGAGGACUCCACCACCACCAAAGCGUCCGCCUCCCCUGAUGUGGCCGCAGACGCUGUGAACGACAGCCCCUUCCACUGCCCGUCCAAGCCCUGGAAACCUUUCAAUCCAAACCGUCUAGACACGCCUGCCGCUCCUACGAUGGCCACCGUAGAGGCAGCCUCCCCACAGCCCUCAGCGGAUGUGGGCUUCAGUGAUGCAGACCUGUUGGGAUAAACCUUUCCUUAAUGGAACCACAUUAAUAUUCAAAAUAAUCUCACUUGUCACCCUCUCCCAAAGAUUUGUUUUUAUUUUGUAGACUAGUCCUCUAUUAUAUAUGUGAAGGAACAUGUUUGAGAGUUGUUAUGCAGAUUUAAAACUAUAUAAAAGCAAAAGGGUUAAGUUAAUAAAAUAACCACGUUGGAGGGGAAAAAGAGAGAGCAACCCGUAUUUUUGACUCUGUAUCUACUCAGAAAGCACUGAAGAGAAGGACUGAAACGAUGACAGAGCUCUAUACUGUUACCAUAUUAAUUGCUGGUCAGUUUGCUUUGAGUAAAUCAAAGUAAUGAGUGGCCUCAGUGUCCAUUAAUGUGCGAAAAUAGAUAAAAGUACACUGAAAAAUCAUUCUCAAAGGGAAAAAUCUGCAAGAAAAUAAAAAAAAAGCUUUGUUCCGUGUGCUGGUUUUAUGUGAGUUUAAAUGCAGCUCAUUAAUAAUUCUUUUCAAUGUGUCCCUUUGUGUGAACAGUUCCCGUAAUCACCUACUUCCACAUGGACAAACAAUAUUCAGCUCUGUUUCAUCAGAAGAUCACACUGUGUUUCCUCCUGACAUGGUGUCCCAUGACUUCCCUUAACAACGUCACUUUCAUUAACCCAAAUGAUCUUUCCGGUCUUGCUGAUGUGUUUUUUUUUUUUUAAGGAAUAAACAAUCAGAUUCAUUGA